ACAUAUUAAAAUUACCAUCCAGUUAUUUAUUGUAGAAUUUUUUUGACAAUACCAAAAGGCCAAAAUAUUAUAGUCAUGAAAUAGUAGUGUGCUUAAAGUAGUCUAUAUUAAACUUAAGUUAUCUGGAUUAUAUUAUGCCAUAUAUUUCAUACUAUGAUAGAGGAACAAUAGCCAUCUAUUGUUUUAAAAAUAUUGACCAAUGGCAAUGAACUUACUGUACUAAAGUUAAUGGGAUUUCUAUAAUUUCAAUGGUCAAUCAAUGGCUUCUGAGAAAUCCCCCAACAAAACUGGCGAUACCAGAAAUGUUUUGGUGGCUGGUGUGAUAUACCUGUUGAUGAAUAAGUCUUACCACAUAUCAAGAAAUGUGCGAGCUCAAUGGUUUCUCCAACACCUCAACACUACCAUCUCCCUUCAACCAAGCAAAAAUGUGGGUGAUUCGGAUUGUGAGUUGGCAGUUGUGUCAAUCCUCCCCCAGGACUGCCCCGAAGCCUGGAAUGUUGGCACACGUCAUCUGUACCAAUACCUGGUCACUACUAAUACCAACGUUAUAUUCUUUAGUGAGAUCUACAGCACUGUCUAUUGUCUAGACAUGAGUCCUUCUAUAUCAGCAGUGGACAUUCAGCAUGGCAAAGUAAUGCUAGACGAAAUUGUUGAUGUUUUGAAUGAGAGCCUCAGCGGGGUGGUUAGUAAGUUGAUCAUCCCGGGCUCUGAGAUAAUGUUUGAGCCCCAAAUAUUUGUCACGGUGAUUGUCCACACUCCUUUCUUCACUUCACCGGCCCAACAGGUCCUAGUUCAAGGAUGGCAGGUGACACAAGACAACUUGGCUGAGUUCCUGGCCGCAAUCCGUAAACAGCUUCAGCUAUUAGAGGAUACCAUUGCGGAAGUAUCUGCACUGGCGUACGACCAACUAGAGGCUUUACGCAUCCGACAGAUGGAGUCAGACAGGCUGGUAGGAGGACUGUUUGAGGAGUCAUCAGAGAGGGUCCAGAUGUCUACGGCUGAGAUUCCCAUGGUCAGUCCAGACUCUGGGUUCAUCAACCUGCUGCGCUACGGGAUGUUGGCGCUGCGACUCUUACCCCACAGCAGUCUGUCAAAUCUGGUGGUUGUGACGGACGGAGUGAUAUCGUUGCCAGACAUCCAUGUUCUAGACCUAGUUCUCACCCAGCUCAGAACCAAUGCCGUGGCAGUCUCCUUCCUACAUGUUGGGUCUCAGUUUCAUCCCCACUGUGCACAAGGGCUGGUCCCCUACAGCGAGCUCAUGCAGUUCAUAUCCUGUGCCACUUUUGGAACCUACAUCCCUUACUCGGGCACUCAGAAUUACGGUCAAGAAGGCUUGAAUACUUACCAUGAAGCUUUUCUUACUUGGAGUUUCAACAAAGGAGCAAAUGUUCAUGAGUUGUCUACGCCAGCACCUCGUAUGGGGGAGUGGUUUGUGAGCAACCACAGUUUCUAUGGAAACCGAGAGCCACAACUCCUAAUGAAAAAACAGACAGAAGACAAUUUGAAUGCUUCAUUAGCAAGUGUGCUCUGUUGUCGCCUCCAUGAAGGCUUCAUGAUUAAGAAUAUAAGUGUAAAGGAAAGUCAAUUAGAAGUAUGUUUGAUGUUACCGUGGGCCAAUCACAUCUACAUAGAGUACAUUGUGUUAUGUGAAUGGCCUGUUCCUCCCAACAGUUCCGUCCGAUUCUACAUCUCAAUCAAAGCUCCAUAUGAAUUUCUUCAUGACAUCACGUGCCUGAUCAAGAAGCAGUUUCAGUCGCCCUAUCGUCAGGCAGUUGUGACUAGGUUUUGGACCACCAUCAAGACUCUGGCACAGUCAGACCUUUUGCUGGCACAUCUAGACUCAUUCUCCUCCACUCCCCUCUCCUUUGCUCUUCCAGAGACAAUUCGCAGCGGAAUGCCUCUUUUCUACCUUCCGUCCAACAGUGGUCCACAAACACUUUCUUCUAGUGAUCCAAGCUGUCCCCUGUUUGCUCAUUACUGGCGGCCCGUGUGUCUAUUGGACCCCUCAGUCUGGCACAAGUGGAUGCAUUCUCAGACACUCAGUCUAAUUCUGCAACAUGACCUUCCAUUGCCCAAGUUCCUUCACGUCGCUUCCCCCAAUGGACGUUUCCAAGGACUUCAGUGUCGCCAUGCCGCUGCCACACUCUACAACUUUCUCAAAGAUUGGACUAGCUUUGUAUUGAUUGAAAACCACUCCUACCUCAAAUUUCUGUCCUCUGGUGAGACAGAUAAAACCCCCAGCUGGUUCUAUGUACUGAGGGUCCAGCAGAAACCUCCUUGUGCUGUGAUUCACAUUGCAUUUCUGGGAGGAACCCCUGGCAAACUGAGACACCAGAUCAUUGAACAGCUGAAAGCCAAAAUAUCUGCACUGACAGUACCUCAAAGACUAACCACAAAACACCAAGAGAACAAUACCAGGAAUCAGGGUGAAGGAUUUGUGGAAAACCAGAGCCGCUCCAACGUUCCUUGCUCCGUUCUGUUGAACAAACCACUGGAAAAGAUUUUGAUCCGGUACGAGAGGAUGCCUUCAGAGUUUGGCACAGUGGUGUUUCCUGACGGCACGCAGCCUCAGACUGCAGUCAAACCUCCUCGACCAACCAGCACUCUAGUCACCACUCUCUCCCGCUACCUCCACCAUCGCCGAUGGGUGUGGACUGUGUCACCUUCCUCUCGUCACAUCCUUCAUGUGUCUAACAUACUCUCUCUGCUGACUGAAAUGCGUCUGCAAGAAGGUUUCCGCUUUGCCCAUUCAACAGCGGGCAUAAUUAACAUGGUUUUGGAGAUACAAAUGAAGUGUUGUGAUCAAGAGGCAGAUCACAUGUGUGACAACUAUCAACCUUGUAUCAUACAGUAUGUGUUGUUUCCGCUUCACACAACUAGCAAUGUGGGCAAGGGAAGCACAUCAGAAGAGGAGGACACAGAGGUUUCAGAGUCUGAGAACAGUCUGGAGCUGAUAGCCGAGUGUUGGAUAGAACCUCAGCAUGGCCUCGUAGCUCGGGGCUCUGCUAGACGGUCCUACAUGGAAAACCUGCCUUACCAUCAACUGGCUGAUGUGAUGUGGCGGAUGGACGCAGAGUGUAUCACCAAGCUGUUGACGUUUGAGCAGCUUCGUCUAAUGAGUCAAAAUCCUCAGAUUCCAGUUCCACCUCGGAUGGACCCAUUGGAAGCUCCUCCUCGCAACCCUCUUGAAAACUGGCCUCACGCAACUGCAUUGUCUGAUCAGAGGAUUCAGAAGAUUCCCUUCGCCUACAAUGUCAUCAGCAUCUUGCCAGAAAGCCAGCAAGUGGAACUCCAGUUUCCGUUGUUCAUACAAGAUCUUGGAGAGGAUUGGUGUACCAAAAAUUCUACCCAUGCUGAUGCACCCAACACUCUUCUCUUGGAUACUUUAUUCCAACAACUUAAGGAUUUCCACGACAAAGAAUUGUUUUUGAGUCCUGUGGAAUCCAAACAAUUUAUUGAGUUGAUUUGCAAAAGACAGCGCAACUUAACGAAGCAUCCCGUGCCUUUUCCUAGAAGAGAUUCUAGUGAUUCAAGUGCCAAUAGUAGUAGGCGGAAAUGUUCAGACAAGGAAAGCAGAGAUGAAGAUAAAGAAAACGAAUGGCCUAAAAUACCCUGUGAUGACGGCAGCAAGAACAAACACUCUGUGACCACGAGCUCUGGUGGCCGUAAGUCUUGUGGUCCAUUGUACCGCAUGUACCCACGGACACCUCCCAACCUAACACCUCCACACACAGACGUGGACCGAGACAUGCCUCGAUGGAGGUUCUUUGUCAAACGAUCCUCUCAGUCAUACAUCAUCCUGACUUUUGUCCCAGCCUCUUAUAGGGACUGCAAAGCCCUAAUGCUCAAUGCUGAACCCAAAGCCUGGGUUUUGCAAUCAGAAUCAGACUCUUCCAGCAGUGUGAUCCCAGAACAAAGUGCUGAACUCGAGAUAUCUGAGGCAGAGAAACAGAUUGUGAUUGGAUCAAAAUUAGACCCAGAAGCCAAACCUUUUGUUCCAAUGACUUUGCAGAAAGAGAGUCCAUUACCAGUAGCUAACUCUUCACCUCUUUCUAACAAGCGAUGGAUUGAAUACAAGUUGGAUUCAGUCUCAAACAUUUCUGAUCACGAAUCCUCCAAUACAGACCUGCAGCAAUCAACGUGGGAGCUCAGUAAAGGCACUUUAGACCCAAGCUCGCCUUUUCGAGUGAGAGCUAGAUCUUGGGAGCCCAUUAAACCUCAGUCUGUUUUGAAAACAAAGAAACAUUCGUCUCCAAGAGUUCGAACACGAUCAGUGGGAUCCAAGUACAACGAGUACAAAAUGAGGAAGAAGUUAAACUGUGACUAUGAUACGUUUUCCAUGAUUUCAAAUCUGCCUUCUAAGCCUCCUUGCAAACCGGUUUUGGGUCAUAUAAAUGUACCUGUUUAUGUUUAUGGAUGCUCUUUGGACAAUCUGAUGGAUUCGCUAAUUCUCAAGACUGAAUACAAGCGAGACUUCAAAGAUCUGUUUUGGAGGAGAACAUGUAAAACAGACAUUGAAGGAGAAUUUGAAUCUGAUGACAACUCUGACGUAAUCAGUCAAACCUACUCCAAAGAUUCUUCAGAUGACCUCUCAGUAAAACGAGAAGAAGGGGAGGUGAAGCAGCAUGCACAAACUAUCAUCCAAGCAUUCACAAAGUCCUUCGGAGUUUCUUUGUUCAAGGCCUUGCAUCGUGGCCAUCACAUAAAUGCUGCCAAUGUUCAGACUGCAAUGGAGGAAUGUGAAGAGGCUUUGGUCGAGAUCAACAUCACAAACUAUUUGCAGACAGUAUGUCGACAUUUGAAAGAGAUGAAAGACAAGGUGCAGGAAGAUGAAGAGCAGAGCUUGGUAGAGAUAGAGUCAUUUAAGUCAGCAGCCCCUUGUAUUGAGUACCACCACCUUCACAAUCUUAUCAAGGACAAGUUCCAUCAUAUCAUUACGUCAUGCUUCAAACCAGUGCCUACUAAUCCAGAGUUCUACUUCUGUUCACCUAAUUGGGAAAGAGACCACCAGGUAGAUAUCAACACUGUAGUAAGUACCAAUCUGGAAGACAGAAGAAACUUGGAAUUGGCACAUGACUUUGACAACAACACUUCAUACCAAACAGAAUUUAUUGAGUUUCGUUCUGAUCAAGGCAGUAAUGUAGGAGGAGCAAGUCCCUGGGAGACAGUAGGUUCCGUCACCACUCCGGAUGAAGCCCACACUUCCCUGCUGUCCAACCGGGACUCUGAUAGUCUCAGCAUCUUCCCAGAAGAAGAGUGUGAUGAAGACAUCUCUCCUCUCUUUCUUCAGCUCAUUUGUACGAUCAAAUCCAAUGGACAGAUGGGCAACUGCUCUGUACAAAUACUCCCCACUUGUUUAGAAGAGCUGGUUCAAUGUCUAGAUGGCACCUUUGCUAAUGGAAAGAUAGACGUGAAAAACUUGUCUGUCAGUUUGGACAUUCUCUGUCUAACUCUGCCGCAGCAGUCAAAGUCUCUAGUAGACACAGCUCUGCACUCUUCCCCCAACACCACGAGCUCCAACGAUGAACAGUUUCCUCUGCCUUCCAAUGCGAUUGACAAUCUCCAAAAUCUUCCUGAGUAUCAACACAAAGCUGUCAGUUUGUGCGUCGAAGAGAUCAAAUGGCUGAUGAGAGACGAGAUUGCAGCUUUUCUGCUGGACCAAAACCCUGUCACAGAAGCCACAUUACAACUUGUAGCUGAUCACAUAAUCUCAUCUCCCAGUCGAGCGUCCUGUGUGUAUCAGACCGUUCCUCUACAGUUCGUCUUUGGAGCUGAACAAAGCCUCGCUGUUUUCUUGAUGGAUUUCUCAAUGAUGCGAGUUCCAGGAUAUUGUUUGAAGAGUGAGAAUGAGUUUUUCUAUGUUGUGAAGGAUCCAAGCCAUAGGGGUUCACAGGACAGUGAACAUUCAUCAGAACUCUGGAUUACAACCAAUGAAGAAGUGACCAUAAAAAACACAAAUGAACCAAGGAUGGAAGCUGAGUCAAAAACUUCAGGAUGGAGCAGUGUAGCAGCAUGGCAUGCUGAAGUAGCAAACCUCAUGGAAGCAGAAGGCCUCAUAUUUGAAGGAAGUAGUGCAGGAGAGGGAGAAAUGAAUGAAUGCAGUGAUUGGCUGAGAGAGCUCGAGUCUCGGAGAGCCGAACUACCGAAUUUUUGGCUCAUCAUGAGAGUGAACAAGGAGGAAGUAAUUUGCUACUUCCAUUGCAGGUUUUUGGAACUGGAAACACCAGAAGUAAAGUUGUACAGUCUGGUGCAGAAGAACAUUGUCAACAGUAUCAAGAUGGUAUGCAAAACUGUGAAUCAGAAGAUGCUGUUGAACAAUCUGCAUGACACAAGGAUGUGCAAUCAGCUGUUGGAACCAGAGUCUAUGGAGGACAUUUGGAGGUCAAGUCAUUCCUCGGCUCAGAUACACAAGCCUGACGAAGAGGCUACAACGAGUGAAGCAGAUACUCCAGUGGACUACCUAGAGGCCAGUUUGAAGUUCCUGCCAGGAUCAUUCUCCUGUCCAGUGGUCUGGGAGACUCACUUCACUCUUCAUCCUCGUCUCAAGACGGGUCCCACCAAGCCUGGGUUGUCUCGGGGCAUUCAGGCUCUCCGAACUGUCCUCAACCGCUUCUCCGUCAACAACCGCAAGAACAUGUUUGUGUAUCAAGAUCACCUCGGAAAUGUCUUCUAUCUGAGGCUCUAUGAAAAUGUGAAGUCAGUGGCCAGAACAGUGGAUGGAGAAGAGAACUCACCUUUGUCAGUGUCUCGUAGUUCUUCUAUCAACAGCCUCAACAACACUGGAGCAAAGAAGAACGAAGAUGCUACCUCAUCCAUUGUUUCAGCAUGGACGAAGGAACUCAGGCCUAGACUCAAAUCAUUUGGAGAAGUUGGUGACAGUCUUCGCCAAGAAGAAUUCUUGACAUUGAAAGUUCAUGGAAUUUCGGAAGCAGGAGCUGAGGUCAAGAGUGAGCUAGUCCAAGUCCUUCACAACAGGUUGGACGACGCUGUCUUGGAGGUCCUUUCUGUCAUGUUAGCUCGCAACCCCAUGUGCAAACUUUCACCAGAAGAUGUACAUUUCAUUCAAAAACCGUACCGGAUGCCAGAAAAUACUGUGCAGUUCUCACUUCCGCCAGAAGCUCUAGACAACUUGCAAGCAGUUCUCCACUACUUGCGCCAAAACUUGAUGCAAUUCAUGCACACUCCCAAGUACACUGAUACAAGAGCUCAGUUCCAUUUACAGGAUUACUCCCAUCCGAAAGAUCCAUCAAAGCAGGUGUCUGAAGACCGCAUAUUCCUGUACAACCAGAGUCCUUCAUCUGGCAACAAGGGCAUUGCGUGUGUCGCAGGGGCUCUGGUAGAUAGUCUUGACAACAUUGUAGACUCAAUGAGCUACCAACCUCCAAAUAUUACUGCCUUCCAGGACCAACCCUUCACAGCUUCUCAGUUCAACUCCCUGACAGCCACUAACUCAUCAGAUGGCGAUUCAGGUUCGUCAGUCAGACUGGAGUUUAGGAUAUGGAAGCAGGGAAGAGUCAAUGUAGAGUCACUGACACUCAAGUUGAAGGCUGCUGUCCGUUAUGCUCUUUGGGAUCUAAUCACUGAGAUGAUGUUAUUGACGGCUCCUUUAUCCAGCACUCAACCUCUCUCAUUGGAUUCUGAAGGAGAUGAUAGUCCCUUGAACCCAGUCUAUCAGAGCGUCAUAGCACCAUGGAUGCAGUUUGGGUACAAGCUCGGUGCUCCUGCUGUUUCUACGCACAUUGUUGCUCUUUCUCAAAGACAUCCUGUCAACAUAACGUUGAGUGAAGUAUCGAACCUGGUGUCCUGUGAUGGUACCUCAGGAUACGUUUACUACCAGAAGGACACGUCUUACUUGCCCUACAAGUGGAGCAGUCCGCCUUAUAGUCUCCCGUUAUCUACAACGUGCCUUCUCAUCGCCCGCAACCUCGAACAAUGGUGUGCCUCUGUCAGAGCGGAACCUAGACUCUGCCUGGAUAAACUGGAACCCAAGUCUCAGAAGGUGUUGCAGAAGUUUUCUCCUUUCUUGAUCUCAACGACUGGAGAUAUCAUACAGUUUGUGCCUCGUCAAAGAUUUCUCAUAGCCAUUGUGAACAAUGAAAAGAUAAUUCUGCACACCUACAACUGGGCGAAAGACUUGGUAGAGUUGCUAGUCAAACAGAUAGGUAUGUUGGGCCAGUGGCUCACUGCUAGGUCAAACCUUCAGAUUGGAGUCACUUGUCAGAAAAUGGGCCUCUUCCUCAACCAGCCCAUGGCCAGGAAAUCUGACUCUCAGGUAACCAACAACCCGUUCAUGUCACAGAUAGGAGAUGUAGAGAGCCUGAUGACAUUCCGAGCGGUUGGCAGCCGUGGUGCGACCAGUAGUGGUGGGCCUACAGUGUCUGCAGCUCACCUACAGGAGGUGUUAAGAGAUACAAGACCUGCUCCCCUGAGGCAACAGACCUCCGACCUCGUAGUAGCGAGUGUCCAGCAGCUUCUAGACACCCGUGCCCAGGAUAAACGAGGUCACCAGAAGAAGCUGUACACAAUGUGGCAAAUGAGAGGGGGGACCUCCAAUACCUCCAUAGUUGAGGAUGUACUAGAAGUGUUCAUGCUUUACUCAAGGGUUAUUCACUACUGUGUCACUCCAUUGCUGUUCCUGCCAAGAUGGAGAGUUCAAAGUGCCUCAACACGUGAUUCAUCUCUGAAAUCCCACAAAAGUAUAUCUCAGAGUUCACUUCAAGAAUCAUCUCCGAUAUUGGAAGAAAAAUGGCAUCAAAAUCUGUGCAGCAACUUCAUCAAUGAAUACAAGCAAUAUCUUCAAAGUCUGGGCUUCAUCCCUGUUCAGAUUGUGGCUUCCUCUCCAAAAAAAGGGUUCCGCUCAGCCAAAACUAUCCGCAAGGAGGCAAACCCAGCUUGUUAUCUCCAGAAGUCUUUGCUGGGAGGGAUAUUACUGUUUGAACUGAGUAUGUCUGAGCCUUUCUUCUACGCCAAGCUGCAUGCGCUCGAGUGUUCUAGACUGGAAGGGAAGGCUUCAAGUGGACUCAUAUCUCAGUUUACUCUGAGUUUCUUGGACGAAUGUGACAAAGUGAAAGUGUUGAUGCAUCUUCACUCGUUCACUUACGACUACCACCUCCGUACAUUGACCAGGUUCGUUUGUGGAGUUGAGACUUGCUUGCGGACAGGCUAUCACGUCACAGGGUUCUUGGAUGAUUUCUUGAAGUACUACAGUAAAGCUCCUAACUACGCCUACAGCUUAGUGCAUUCAGGAAACCUGGUAAUGGCCAAAAUGUCCACCCCUGCCAACAUGCUGUUUAACUAUCUGCUAAGUCAUAAAGAGAACUACCCCAUGAAGGUGAUAAGAGUGGCAAUGCCUGGCCAGGAAUUGGAUGAUAAUCCACUGUCCAUCGGUUCUCCCAGUGAGUAUGUGCUGGUACAACAACAGAGUUCCGCUACUCAAGUGAUGUACCGAGACAGCCAAGACAACAAACAAGUCUACGAAUAUGACAUUGUCUUGGUCGUAGCCAAUGAAGAAAGUUCAGACCCCAGCAUUCUGAGGCUAUGUUACUACAUCCUGCUCACAAGCAGAAGGGAACCUUAUGCUAAACUGGAGAACGAAAGGAAACUAGGCAAGUUCUGCACAGUUUCAACAGCCAAUCCCCUGACUCUAUACACCCUAUCUCGAGAGACAACACCUCCGAUACCUGAGGAGACACCUGAAGAGUUGGCUGAGGCUCAUCAAAGUUCUGGAAGUUAUAUGUUUGAGAGGCGUUCCUCAUCGCACAAUGUUGAGAUUAAAGCAGAGUCGGUGAACUACCUUGGAUAUUAUUCUUCUCAUGAACAAUUCAUGCAACAGCUGAUCAUGGAGCAAGCAAACAAGGCUCGAGGAUCUAUAGAGGAUAUCAUAACCCAAGUCUCUUUGCAUUGCCGCACACACUUCCUAUGGAACAAACUUACUUCUUCUUGUUCCACGGGGUUGAUUCCUACCUACGCAGAGUUCUCGGAGUUGCUGAAUCUGGCGUCCAUUGAGCCCCUAAGCGACGUAGACUCUAGAGUCAGCCCGGUGCUGACACAGCCCCUGGUCUGGUACCAGGGUCUCGCCAAGCUUCUGCAGGCCAAGUACACAGACUUCUGCAAGUCCUUUACAUCUCCAGACACAGCUGUGCUAUAUCAUUUGGUGCUGCAUCCUCGGGUCCCAUUAGGAUUCAUUAUGAUCACCUUAGACUCCAAUGCAUCUCAAGGGGAAGUGAACAUUGUCACCAGUAAGACUCUGGGCAAUGAACAAGUGUCCAACGUUCAUCUCCCCACUCUCAUAGAAGAUGUUAUCAAUGCUUGUUGUUAUCAGUUGUGGACAGGACUCGUGUAGCCUCAGCCUCAAACUUUUACAUUCCGCAGAGACGAGUCACCAAUCCCAUCUAGUCACUCGUCUGUGGUCUGGCGAUUUAUGAAAAUGUAAAAUAACGCCGCUGCAAUUGAAUCCAACGGUUUUCUUCAAAAGCAGGGUUACAUAAUAUUAGGUUUGCAAUGCCAUGUAUUGUUUCAAAAUUUUUAGUUUAUUACAAAAUCUGUUUUCAUUCCACAGGCUUUUAGUAUUUUUUUAUGUUUUGUGUUUGCUACGAUAGCAUAGUUUUUUAUUUGACUCUGAUUGGCGAUCAAAAAUAAACUAUUCAACCAAAGUUAAGAAAUAGCCUCUCCCUCUUUUAAAUUUUGUAUUAUUUGAUAUAACAAAAAAAAAUCUAGCCCCUAAUGUGUUAUUAUUUUACAUGUUCAUAAAUCACCUUCGUAGUUUAAAUAGUUUUCACUU